AUGUCAUUGUCAGGAAGAUUCUGAAGUCACCAUUUUGAUUUUGGCCUCUUCCUCUGCAUUACGUCAAUCGAGCCUAAGGAAAGAGCCAUCCAUGAAAAGAGGGGAAAAAAUAUGGCAUUCACAAGGACGUGGGCUCCACAGAUAGCGACGGUAGGGGAAGGUCCAGCAAAGAGAGCUCUCCUUGUUAAAGCAACUGAACAAUUGUCGAAGGAACCUGAAUCUUUCCAGGUAGCCUCCUUGACAGAAGGUCCUGCAAAAAAGGCACUGCUUAUCAAUAAUAAGAAGAAACCUGAAGAAAAUGCCAUUUCUACAUUAGUUAAGGAGAAACCAAAGAGAGUGAAGAAAACGAGAGCAGUGGUUGUUGACAUCGGCACGGGCUAUUGUAAAUGUGGUUAUGCUGGAGAGCCAAGGCCUAGCCAUGUGAUUUCAUCUAUGGUCGGGAAACCUUAUAUGGAGACUGCUAAAACUGGAGACAACCGAAAAGAAACAUUUAUCGGCCACGAGCUCCUGUACCCCGAUAUCCGCCUUAAAUUAGUUAAUCCCCUGAGACAUGGUAUCAUUGUGGAUUGGGAUUCAGUGCAGGAUAUCUGGGAAUAUCUUUUUCUGCACGAGAUGAAGAUCCCUCCAGAGGAACAUGCUGUUUUGGUGUCAGAUCCUCCCCUCGGCCCCUAUACCAACAGGGAGAAGUAUGCGGAGAUGCUCUUCGAAACCUUCAACACUCCGGCAAUGCACAUAGCCUAUCAAUCUCGGCUGUCCAUGUACUCUUACGGAAAGACAUCAGGUCUGGUAGUAGAAGUUGGCCACGGUGUUUCCUACGUGGUCCCGAUCUUUGAGGGAUAUCCUUUGCCAAGUAUCACAGGUAGGCUGGACUAUGCUGGCUCUGACCUUACUGCCUACUUAAUGACAUUGAUGAAUCAGUACGGGAAGAACUUCACCGAAGACCAAAUAAACAUUGUAGAAGACAUCAAGAAGAAACACUGCUUUGUGGCUCUCGAUCCUGGCCAAGAGAGUCCCUCCAUCAAGGAUGACAAGAUCAACUACCAGCUUCCAGAUGGAGAACAGAUUACUAUUUCCCAAGAACGUUUCCUGUGUUCCGAGAUGUUCUUCAAGCCUUCCCUUAUCAAAUCCAUGCAACUGGGCCUUCAUACCCAGACUCUGACCUGCCUCAACAAGUGUGACGUUGCCCUCAAAAGGGACCUUGUAAAUAACGUUUUGUUGUGUGGAGGCAGUACCAUGUUGAAUGGCUUUUCUGCCCGUUUGCAAAAGGAGCUCUAUAAGAUAUGCCCAAAUGACACACCUACAGUGAAUGUGUUACCUGAAAGGGAUACUUCAGUUUGGACUGGGGGGUCAAUCCUGGCCUCACUCCAAGGAUUUCAGUCACUCUGGGUCCAGCGGUCAGAAUACCAAGAACAUGGGCCUUUCUUCUUAUAUAGGAGAUGUUUCUGA